AUGGAGCCCUGCGGGGUGCUGGGGCUGCUGCUGUGCGGGCUGAGCGCUGGGCUUACAGCCGGGACGCAGCCCUCCCCGGCGCCGGCGACGUCCCCGCGGCCGAGCGACGCGUCCGUCCGUCUGCGGUUGGCGGACGGCGGCCACCGCUGCGCCGGGCGGGUGGAAGUGGAGCACGAGGGCGAGUGGGGCUCCGUGUGCACCUACGACUUCGACUGGGACGCCCGUGGGGCCGGCGUGGUGUGCCGGCAGCUGGGCUGCGGGUCCGCGGCGAGGGCGUCCCCGUUCGCCCCCUUCGGGCAGGGCGAGGGACGCAUCUGGCUGCACCCCUUCAACUGCCGGGGAACGGAGAAGGCCCUGCAGGACUGCUACAACUUCGGCUGGGGACGGCAUUUCUGCGGCCACGAGUGGGACGUGGGGGUGACCUGCACGGAGGCGCUGGAGCUGCGGCUGGCGGCCGGCAGGGGACCCUGCGAGGGGAGACUGGAGGUGAAGCUGCGGGGCCGCUGGGGCACAGUGGCGGACGCCAACUGGACCAUGGAGGACGCCGAGUUAAUUGCAGAGGGAACGAGAGCGCGCUCUGGGACUGCGCCAUUGAGGGCUGGGGGCCCUACGACGGCCAUCACGACCACGACACCGCCGUCGUGUGCCAAGGCUUCUCCCGGCUGGUCGGAGGGGACGGCGCCUGCGAGGGGCGGCUGGAGGUGCGGCGGGGCCGGGCCUGGCUGGGCGUGUGCCACGGCCGCGUGGACGCGGGGAGCGCCCGGGUGCUCUGCAGGGAGUUGGGCUGCGGCGCGGUGCUGGCCCUGCCCGAGCCCGGCCGCUUCGGGGCCAUUCUGGGACGGCGCCUUCGAGUGCGACGGCUCCGAGCCCCUCCUGGCCGCCUGCGCGGCGCGGCCGACCCCCGAGCAGCGCUGCAGCGACCCCGCCGCCGUCGUCUGCUCCCCCUACACCGGGUUCCGACUGGCGGACGGCGGCUCGCCCUGCGCCGGGCGGGUGGAGGCGGAGGAGCGGGGAACGUGGGGAGCGCUGUGCGCCGGGUCCUUGGAGCUGCCCGACGCCCACGUCCUCUGCCGACACCUGGGCUGCGGCCCGGCCGCCUCCGUUCAGCCGGGGGGGCGUUUCGGGGCGGGGAAGGGACCGCUGAGGCGCGACCGCCUCGGCUGCGUGGGGAACGAGCGGCACCCCGGCGAGUGCCCGGCCGCGGUGCUGGGGGAGCCCGCCUGCGAACCCGCCCUGGCGGCCGCCGUCAUCUGCUCCGGAGCCGCCGAAUCCCUGCGGCUGCGGGGCGGGGAGAGCCGGUGCGACGGGCGCCUGGAGGUGGCUCUGCGCCCCGGCGUCUGGAGCGGCGUGUCCGCGGGGUCCCGCGACAACGGCACCGCGGCCGUGGCGUGCCGGCAGCUGGGCUGCGGGGUGCCCGAAAAGGCGUACGCCGCUCCGGCGGUUGGCCCCGGCCUCGCGGAACUGCGGUGCGAGGGCGGCGAGGAGUCCCUGGCGCGGUGCGACUCUCCGGGGGUGGGCCGCGGCCCCUCGGCGCUGACCGUGAGCUGCUCAGCUGUCCCGCUGGGAGGUGCGCCGCUGCCCACCGUGCUGUGCGCGCUGCUGGGGAUGCUGCUGAGCCUGGCCCUGGCUGCCCUGGCCGUGCAGACGCACCGCGCUCGGGCUCAGCGUGCAGGCCCCAGCCAGGACGCCGGCUCCGAGGCCGUGUACGAGGAGCUGGACUACAGCCAGGAGCCCGAGUGCUGGGAGGGGCCCAGCCGGGCAGGCUCUGUGCUGCAGGGCUCGGGGAUGCCGCUGUCGCAUCACACCGGGGACGAGGAGGAGGGGAGCGGCGCCGCAGGGAUGCUGUGUGCAGACUAUGACGAUGGCACAGCUGUGCCCGAGGAGACCCUCGGGGAGAUGGGGUACAACGACGUUGACGUCAGCGCCCCGGGGACACAGCCGUGAGGAGGCUCUGGUUGGGGACACGGCUGUGCCCCCUCGGACAGGUGGCCCUGGUGUGGGGUGUCACCCGGCCUUGCAGAACGGCAGAGGAAUGGCUCCGCGGCCGCUCCUCCUGCUGCCCCCACACAUCUCGUUAGGGUGUGUGUUAAGCAGUAAAGUACUCCUUCAGUGUGAA